AUGGUGCGUCAAAGGAGCUUCUCGAAUGCUUCCUCAGCUCCAUCUUUCCAGGCUGAGAGGAACCAGGAACUGGAGAGUAUGUACGAUUAUCUGGCUAAGGUAAUCCUUCUUGGGCCAAGCGGGGCUGGAAAGUCCUGUGUGUUACAUCGUUUUGUGAAGAAUGAAUGGAGAGUGCUGUCUUCGCAAACGAUCGGGGUGGAAUUCUCCUCCCGGAUAGUCAAAUUAGGCACCGGCUCCCGGCGAACAAGAAUCAAAUUUCAGCUAUGGGAUACGGCUGGAACGGAGAGGUUUCGAUCUGUCUCCAGAUCCUACUACCGAGGGGCUGCGGGGGCCAUCCUCAUUUAUGAUGUAUCCUCUCAGGCUUCAUUCACGGCCCUUCCGACAUUUCUAAUGGAUGCGCGUACUCUUGCUUCGCCCAAUCUCACAGUCCUGCUCGCGGGGAACAAAGCGGACCUUACCUCAGAUGCCAUGCAGCAUAACGAUAGCUUCGACGAUAGCUCCCGGCCGCCUCCCACACCGUCUAGCACGUCCAGCAAGCAUUCUUCCCUCCUCCCUGACUCUACCGGCGGGUCUGUUCGUUCUACAGUGUUUUAUGAAGCAGGAACGAGGUUAACAGCGACAAACACUUUGCAUGGUCGCGAAGUCAGCACUGAAAACGUGUCACACUGGGCAGCCAAAUCCGGUAUCCCGGUAGCCGUCGAAAUUUCAGCCCUUACCGGCGAGGGGGUGGAAGAGUUGUUCAACCGGCUGGCCCGGAUAAUUCUCACAAAGAUUGAAUUAGGGGAAAUCGAUCCUGACGAUCCACAAAGUGGAAUUCAAUACGGAGAUGGUGGCUAUGGUCCCAGCGCCAGUGAUGGAUCUAGUAUUCGAAGUCGCACAACGCUCGAUGAUGGUUCUGUUCAGAUGCGUCGUCGGUACAACAGAAUCGAAGCUGAAAACAGCCGAAGAGGUGGUUUGAGAGAGUGGGAAGAUGUGUUUAGGUUGAGCGACUCUCAUCGAAGGAAAGACGGUAGAUGUUGCUGA